AUGAAGCUCUCUUCACGGGCCUCGGCGACCGGAAUGCCUAUACCAAACUAUAUCGAUCCUGUUACUCGUGGGCACGGGGUCAUGAUUGUGAAUGCUAUUUUCAUGUCACUGGCAGUCAUAGUAGUAGCACUGCGUUUAUACACGCGGCUCUACAUCACAGCGACUCCCGGGCUGGAUGAUAUUCUGAUCGUACUAGGUCUGGUUUUUGGCAUUUCUAUGGCCGUGGUAACUUCGAUUAUGACAGAGGAUUGGGGCCACAAUCGACAUCUUUGGGAUGUUCCUCUUGCAUGGUUCUCUGGCAGUAAGAAAUUGAGCAUAGCAUUCCAAAUCACCUUUGCCUGGUCGGCUGGUUUUGCCAAGACCUCAUUGUUAUGGUUCUGCCGACGUCUUCUUGGACAGUCGAAGGGAAUGUUCCAAAUCUACAAGUACGCUUUUCUUGGAGCGAUCGCCAUUGUCGCAACAUCGACCAUAGCGUUCACUUUUGCGACCGUUUUCCAGUGCUCACCUGCCAAGGCAUUCUGGACACUCCGUCCUACGUUCCAUUACACCUGUUUCGAUGACAAUGCCAUGGUCUUCGGGGAAGUCCACAACACUGCCCAUGCCAUUGAUCUGGAGCCUCAAGCUUCCCAGCCGCCAACGAAUUGCUGUCAUCUCGAUCUUCGGCCUAGGAGUUAUCGUGAAUGUAGCUGGCUCCGUCCGUACGGUCACUUAUGGAAGAGCAAUCAUGCCAAAGACGUCACCUGGUUAGCAUGGCCCGUCCAAGUGGCCGCCGGGAUUGAGAUAUCCUUGGGAUUGAUCUGUUCCUCAGCACCAGCUCUCCGACCCCUGCUCAUGGAGUUCAUGCCGCGUCUCCUCGCCUCCCGCAGGAACAGCCAGUACCCCUACCGCAGCCCCCGGAUCCCAGAAAACAAACUCUGGUCCUCCUCCGGCACCGGCAGCCGCUCAUAUAACUCUCGGUCGCAGCACCCAGCUAUUCCUCGCGACCUGGCCCAACCACUUGGCUAUGAGAGCGAUCGGUUCGAGAUCAUGCGCACUGUCGAGAUGGAGACUUGGCCCGAUUCGAAAAUCGUGCAGCACGCUGAGGAGGGCCUUGCUUAUCCUCGGCUCGCUGCUACCCGUGUGUCUGAAAUCAGUGCCGAUUCACCCGUGAGUCCAAUGGAGAGUGAAGAGCCGACUCGAUUCAGCCAUGCGAGGAGUAGUGUGUCUUCUAGAUCGUUUCCACGCGAAAUCUAG